AUGAAGUUGGUUGAAAAUGAGGUGCCCGACAAGCCUAAGAGAUUCCAAAGAAUCUAUAUUUGUUUUAGUAGUUGUAAAGAUGGGUUUAAGAGCGGUUGUAGAAGAAUAAUUGGGGUGGAUGGUUGUUGGCUUAAGGGUCCAAUGUAUGGGACUCAAUUGUUAACUGCUGUUGGGCUUGAUCCGAAUAACAAUAUCUUUCCGAUAGCAUAUGCAGUUGUAGAGAAGGAAAGAAAGGAAUCGUGGGAAUGGUUUUUGAAUUAUUUGAAGCUUGACUUAGACAUUGAUGAUGAUGGUACUUGGACCUUCAUGUCAGACAAGCAAAAAGGUUUGAUUGAAGCGUUCAAUGAGGUAUUGCCAUAUGUUAGUCAUCGAUUCUGUGUGAGACACCUCCAUAACAACUUCAAGAGGGCCGGAUUCAGUAGUAUCUCACUCAGGAAUGCCCUUUGGAAGGCUGCAAAGGCUACAACAGUAAAGUGGUUUGAGGAUUGCAUGGUUGACAUCUUUGAUAUAGAUUCAGAAGCUGCUCAUUGGCUCAAGAAGAAGUCGCCUACUGAAUGGUCUAAAUCUCACUUUCCUGAAAUUGUGAAAUGCGAUACCUUACUCAAUAAUAUGUGUGAAUGUUUUAAUAGCAUGAUCAUUGAGGCUAGAGAUAAGCCGAUUAUCACUUUACUGGAGAAGUUAAGGUAUCACCUUAUGACAAGGACGCAAGCAAAUAGGGAUAAAGGUACCAAGUGGAAUGAUGGUGAUAUUUGCCCCAAGAUUAAGGAUGUAUUGCACAAAAAUCAAGCGAAAGCAGCUGAAUUUAUUCCCAGGAAAUCAAAUGAGUGGAAUUAA